CCUUUAGUGGGUGGGGCGCCCCGGCCGCGCAGGCGCAGUGCGGCUCAGGCGGAGCUGUGGGAGGGGUGUAGGGCCGGGGGCAGGUCCCCGAAGAUGGCGGAGGCGGGGAUGAACUGGGGGUCUCCCGGCGGAGCGCAGGAUUUCUGGUAGGUCCCACGUUCAGGCAAGAUGCGGCACCAUUGAAACACUGGUCUGCUCCAAUUCACAGUUCACCGUUUCCACUGGGAAGCCUUAUCCUAUUUGUUGGCUUAGGCCUCCUGAACUUAUGAAACCAUGGCGGAAGGAGAGACAGAGUCACCUCGGCCUAAAAAGUGUGGCCCUUACAUUUCCUCUGUCACCAGCCAGAGCGUGAACGUGGUGAUCCGUGGGGUAGUACUGUUCUUCAUUGGAGUGUUCCUUGCGCUAGUAUUGAACUUGCUUCAGAUUCAGAGAAACGUGACACUUUUCCCACCUGAUGUGAUCACGAGCAUCUUUUCGUCUGCAUGGUGGGUACCACCGUGCUGUGGCACAGCCUCAGCUGUGAUUGGGUUAUUGUACCCCUGCAUUGACAGGCAUCUAGGAGAACCACAUAAGUUUAAGAGAGAGUGGUCCAGUGUUAUGCGCUGUGUGGCGGUGUUCGUGGGCAUAAAUCACGCCAGUGCUAAAGUAGACUUUGACAACAACUUCCAGUUUUCCCUCACGCUGGCUGCACUGUCAGUAGGACUGUGGUGGACUUUUGACAGAUCUAGAAGUGGUUUUGGCCUUGGUGUUGGAAUCGCUUUCUUAGCAACCAUUGUCACCCAACUGUUAGUCUACAAUGGUGUUUAUCAAUACACAUCUCCAGAUUUUCUCUAUGUCCGGUCUUGGUUGCCAUGUAUAUUUUUUGCUGGAGGCAUAACGAUGGGGAACAUUGGUCGCCAACUGGCAAUGUAUGAAUGUAAAGUUAUUGCUGAAAAAUCUCAUCAAGAAUGAGGAAGAAGCCGAUCUUCUCUGAGGAAGCCACGAGAAAGCGGCACGUAUAUGAUAGGUG